CGGAGCUAAUGUCGCCAUAGACGAUGUGACAUGGCUAAUUUGUUUGACAUAUUGAACUUGGGUAACCAAGAAAGCGACGAAGAUGGUUCCCGGGAUGAGAGUAGGCGUACAAACGCCACGGAAAGAAUCGCAGAAAUACAUAGGUCAACUGAAGAAUCAAACAAAUUCAACGACGAGUCAGCCAACAUGGCGGACUUACAACAGAGCGAAGACACUGAAGUCGUGUUGCAAAGUUCACCCACAUGCAGUCUAACAGACGACAGUGUUGGCGAAAAUCACGAAGACCAUGAACCUGAUCACAAAUAUAUGCCGAUCUCGCCCAUGAAGACGUUUGUUAUUCCCCGGAAGAAGAAGGAGAACAAGGAUUUACUACAAAGCUUAUCACUGGAUUCGAGAGAGUAUGCUAGGGACAUUCUGCCAAUGGUUUCCCAACAUUAUCGUGAACGAUCCUCCAAGUCUACAUUCACGUAUCAGUCUGCUUAUCUAGUUCAUAAUGCUGACCUGAACAGAGAGUUUCAAGAAAAACGAAAAGAAAUGAAAUCAGAAGGGAGAACAGACAAAGAAUUAAAUGAGCACUAUGCUUUCUUUUGUGUUGACAAUAUUGAUCAGGCGAAAGAUAUUUGCCAGCUUGGAUUAAGAAUUAACAGCAGCAGUGUGACAUGUUUAGGCAACUCUAAAAUGGGUGUUUAUGUUUCGCGUUAUUCUGACUUGAUCCAAAGAAAUAUGUUACCUGCUGGACUCGAAGCUGUCCUCAUCAUCUUUAAACUUAUGAAGGGUCGUGUGAAAGCAAUGACUGAAAAUCAUUCCUGGAAUAUCAUAGAACCAACUCCUAAUUAUGAUUGUCAUGUUUCUAAGAGUGCUAAUUUGGACAUUACACAUCUCACUGCCAAACAAGCAUUUGACUCAACACAGUAUUACAUAUAUGAAUUUGGGGAGUUAGAUAUGGUGGAACGUCCUAGGCAUCUAAGGCCUUAUGCAGUGCUGACUUUCAAAUACACUCCAUUGCAUCCAAAUUUGAUAAUCCCAGCUGGCACACCACCUAGAUCAAGAAACGCCGUCACGACCCCAGUUAUAGGAUCAUCGCCGACAUCAUCAGUUCUGGUUGCCAAAGAUCCCAGAAUAUUACAAGCUGGGCAACAUGAAGCCAUGGAUGAGAACAGUUAUUGCCUGUGGAGUGGUCAUCUUACUAAUAAAUCCAAACCAUUGUGUAAAGUCAAACUAGUAUCAUAUGCAACACCAAUCAAACCAGUUAUUUUUCCAAGCACCAUAAAUAUAUGUAAGCAGAUAUCCUUGGACAACUUAAGAAAACACUUGGCCAGUAAAAUAUUUUUCAAGGGGUUACCAAUAAAUACCGGAGAAAAGGAAGCAUUUAUAGAAUCCAAAUACUAUGCCUACUGUGAGGUGAAAUCAAGCAAUGAUUACAGAGGAAGACUAUGGAAUUUUACCAAAUUUUUAGACUCCAAUCGAAUGGCUGGAGUGGUAAAUUUUGGCGAUGUGACUGAAAUGAUUUUACUGCCAACAUGCCAGUUUACUGUUGAUUUGGGGAUUACUUCGCAUGGUUAUCCGAUGGUGUUACAUGGAUUAUUUGUGUCAACAAAACCUACAAUUAAACAUAUUAAAUUUUGUGGAGCCCACUGCUCCAGUUCAAGCCGUGAUGACAGUAUCUACAUGCCAAGUGAAAGCAUCCACAAUGAAGCACACCCACCAAGGCUGUUUGAACUCAGAAAAGCGAUCAGUAUAGCCAUGGAACUGCAAAAACAAAACUUUAAUAGAAUGUCUUCUAAAUCUCUGACUGGAACAUUCGUGCCUACCCAUCAUGCACAGUAUCUUCAGACUCCGUAUCAGCUGGAGAAUCCGGGUACUAAAUCUUGGGCUACUCCUCCCAAAUCGAAGUAUAGUGCUACAGAAUCUGCGCAAGCACCCCGGCCCAAGAACACAACUUCAUCCAGUGAAUCCAUGCUGCAAAGUCCUCAGACAAAUUACCCGACUGUCAUCAGUCCCCAUGUGACUCAUGGAUAUUCUACAGGUUCACAAUCUACUGCAGUGAAAAUUACAUCCCCUACACUGCAAGUCAACAAUUCAAAUAAUAACAAUGAAACCAAUAAUGCCAGUAGCCCUACUGCCAGUAGGAGUAAAGCUGUGAAAGCAGAGGAAAGAUCACCACAAUUACAGGUUUCUCCCCUCUAUGUUGGUUCACUCUUACCCGAUCUGGACCAACUUGGUAGCGAUGACUUAAAUAGUUUACUUCAGAAACUCAAACCUAUAUUAGGUCAAACUCUUCAGAAUGAUGCUCCACCCCCACCAGAACCACCAUUACCGCCAAAUGAAGGCAAGGCGGCUAAGGUUUUAGACAAAGAGGUCAAAGUAGUUGUUGAGAAACAGUCUACAGUCACUAAGAGCAAUGAACUGCCAUUGAAACCUGUUGAAAGUACUGGGUCACUAGAUUUAAAAGACUUGCCCGAUUCACCUGAGAGUCCUGAUAGUGAGCUUGUGGAUCAUGUCAAAGAACCUAAGCAGGUUUUGAAAGGAAUGGAAGAGGUGAAAAGUAAGAGUAGAGUAACUGAAACUAACAUCGCUAAAAUGGAUGAGAACAAACCAAUUGGAAGUAAACUAAAAUCGGAUGAUAGCGUUAUUAUGUCAAAUGCUGCACUUGAAGGAAAAGCAGUACUGCAAAGUCAAACUGAGAGUGGUGAACAAGCAGACAUUUACAAAGAUGAUCCCAUUAUGGACGCUGACGAAAUGAAAGCAUUUUUAGAGAAGUCUUUGAUUCCACCAAAGAUUGAGAAUAUCCCAUCAAAGGUUGAGAUUGAUAAUGCCAGUGAUAUGAAAAACUACUUGAAUGCACGAUUCACUCGAAAUCUUGAAAAGUCCUCCAAGAAGAGGAAGCGACAGGAUUCGUCGCAAGCAAUGAAAGUUGAAACAGAACCUGGUGAGAAAAGGAGGUCUGUGAGGGUAAAACUUGACGAUGACAAUGUGAGGAAAUUUGAAAGUAGAGAUGUUUUGACUUUUACAGCUGUUCCUGGUAUCAACCUAGUGGGUAGGAUUCCAAAAAAAUGCAAGUUAGAAAAAGAGAGCAGCAGCAGCAGUGAACAAGUUGACAAAACAUCCUCAACAUGUUCAUUACGUAAAGAAGAUCCAACCACGUCAAUUGGUAGAUCUGAAAUCAGUGGCUCCAGCAAACAUAUUACUAAAAUUACUGACUCAAGUAUAAAAACUGAUAGCAUUGAUAUUAGUGUAGAUAGCUAUAAAGCUGCCAAAGUGGAGAUCUUGAAAGUUGAGAAAAAAACAGAAUUGAUGGACACCAGUGAAAGAUUGACUGAUAACAAAGUUGAAAUUGAUGAGAAAAGUGUUUUGGAGGUACUGGAUAUGGAGCUUGAUAGUACAGGUGAAGACAGUGAUGAAGAUAUUACGCUGUCCGAUGCCAGUCUGAUAUUGGAAAGUGACCAUGAGGAGGAAGAGGAGAGUGGGGGUGUGGCAUUUACAGGGCAUCAUGUGGUGGUUGAAAAUGAUAAACAAUUGAAAAUCUGCAGACCUUGUGUAAGCAGUGUAGCACCAACUGCUUAUGCUGCAGAGCUGGACACUGAAGCAAGAUUACUGCAAUGUGUUUCUGCUGCACUUCACAA